AUAGCACUACCUGGGCUCUGAAGCAAAGCACAGCCAACAGCGCAGAGGAUGUACUGGGCUUGUAUGGGAUGCGUAGCCUUGUUUACUGAUGACAGAAUAUGAAUUGAAAACCAAAGGCAACCAUGAAGGAAUUCAACGUAUUCUCAGGGAUUAUAAUAAUAGCAGUACAGAUUAUUACAGUUUCUGGUUUGGAAUGCAUCACCUGUGAGUGGAAUGCUGGACAGACAAAUGGAACCGAUGACUGUGUGUCUCGUCCUUACGGCCUGACGAGACAAGAAUGCGAGACGGCUGGAAAUAACAACGUCUACAGCUGUGAGACAAACCUGAAAUUCACGAUGGUCAAAACCCGGUCCUAUCUGGAAAGCAUCUCUAGAGGUUGCACUCUUCGGCAUUACUAUUGUAACAAAGAAUGCGACCCAGCACAACAAAAUAAUUGCUUCCUCUGUUGCGAAAAUGAAGGAUGCAACAGUUUACCGUUCUCUAUGGGUUUACUGCCUUUUAGUCUCUACUACAACACGACAAGCGCGGCAGCACCAACGACAGGCGUAUUCCGGGGCAUUUUAGCAGCUGAAGUCAUGCUCGCAUCUUGGAUUGUUUGGCAUUGAGACAUUAAAUAUGAUCGAUAAAUAGGCAGCAUUCGAUAGGGUUAGUGAGAUGUGGAUACCGCUGAUUUAAUUCUAGAUUGGACACUGCCAUUUCAAGCAUUUCAGAUUAGCACUGAUUCAUUACUUGAUACCUAGUAUGUGUUUAAACAACCGGUGCCAACUCUUGUUCAAAUUCCUAUCACACAGAAACAUGUAUUUUCGUUUAGAAUUGAAACUGGCAAGAACAUGGUGCAUUUAUAUGACAACGUUGCAAUAUUUAUUUAGAAAAUAUAAUAUAAUAUUAUGGUUCAUGGUCAAGUGACGUUUAUAUCAGAUAUAUCGACUUACAUAGAAAGAUUGGUUUCAGAGGAUAAAUAUCUGAGUUUUAUUGUUUUGCAUCCUGUAUUGUGAAUUGUCGUCCGUAUAGAUGGAGGACGUUAGUGUGUUGACACCUAAUGGUGUGAGGUCUGUGUAUCACUGUUAGGUCUGUAGUGAUGUUAUAGGAAGUAGACGGUCGGUAAAUUCGUGUGGUAUUGUUUGACAAAAAGAUGUGAACGGCAAAUUAAAAAUAAAAAUCGAUUAAAUACCUAUAAAGUAUAAGGUAUUUGCUGAGUUCGUGGGAAUAAAUAUACAAUUACGCCAUAUUUAAUUAAAGAGGUACAUGUGGGGCAAAAUAAAAGGUGUGAUCGGCAAAAACAAGGAUAAAACAAUUGAUUUAACACCUAUAAGAUUCAAGAUAUUAAAAAUAUUGACAAUUUCGUUAUAUCUACUUACAGAGGUUAAGCCUAUGACAUGUAUAGUAUUUUUCAACUCUCUUCUGUCAUGCUUAUGGUUAAACCAAUGUACUGGGUUUUGAAAUACAAUAAACUAUAUCGAGAGUGAAUAGGUAAGGUUAACCCCCUUUUAACACUAACCAUCCUCCAUUACAUCGAACUUCCUAACUACUCCAAUAUAUAUUGUAGGCGAUGUAUUCCGCUUGUUGUCACGUGUGGUACUGAAUGCCGUCUUAUCGUGUUACACCUCAGCUCAUAUUUUCAUGCAAAACAUAACGUUUUUUUUUAAAUGCAUCUGCUUAUCAAGAUUUAUUUGAGAUUAUCUUAAUUACCAACACUUGGUUUCCGUAGUAGACUUUGAAGUGUCUAGCUAUAGAAAUGGGCGUCGUAUUAGUAGCACCAAAUUAGGACAUACUGUAUAUGGAUAGUCUCCAACGUAAACAUACAAAUCAAAAGAGUUCAAAUAGACUAUUUUCAAAUGACAAGACAAUAUGAUUUGAAUACUGAUGUGAACUAGUACAAUAUUUUAUAUUGUUUCCCAGUAAAAUACAAAUUAUAAAGCAGCGUAUUUCAAAAAAAAGUACGCCAAUUGGAUUACCUCAGGCAUGUUAUGCUUUUGUUUCUGUUCUCUUCGUCUGCAGGUUGCAAAAAGUCAACAUUAUUUCGCAAGAUAUACGAAAUAAAUAAUACUAAUAUAAAUAAGCCUCAUAUCUUUUGAUUAUUAAAACUAUAAAUAAAAUUGAGCUUUAUAAUUUUGGUCGCAAUUAUGUCCGAUAGGUUUCAAACUAGGGGGAGAUAACCUUCUAUUAAAGUUAGCUUGGCAAUUAUGUACACAAAAGUAGGGAAUGGUGGCCAGUCUUAUACUAAUAUGUUGUUUCCAAUGGAAUACGUCCACAUUAAAUAUCUCUAUAUAUCAACAUUGCGUCAAUUAGAAUCAAUAUUGAAUCAAUAUUACUUGAGUAUCUAUUGUGACCGGAGAGGGCAUUAGUUCCAUACACCAAUCAUUAAAAAAAAUCAACAUUGCCCUAAUGUUGACCAUUAUAAUAUGUUAUGCGUCAACAGUAAACCUCUACUUGACAAAGCCAUAAUUAACCUAUUAAGGAUAUAGGUAAAUUGUAAGUACUCCAGAACCUAACACGUCAUCACCUGUCCUCUAGAUUAAUUUACAUAUCUACCAAUACAUUGUAUUAACAAAAGUAUCCAUACUGUCGUCAUAAUUCAUUGUUUGUUGUACAUGUAUUUACAUAUUGUAUACUCUGUGGAUAUCACAAUUAAAAUCAAAACGUUUCCUAUCUGUAUCCAUUGUUAUAGUGAAGUUUUGAAGGUAUAUUGUCCAUCGUUAUGAAUCAACAUAUUUUAAUGUACGUUUAUUCCUUACUAAUGAAUUAUUUGGUUAUUAAUUCAAUGUUUAAUUAAUGUUGUGUCUCGAUAUACAUAAUGUAUUAUCCUUUUGGUGUGUGCAUUUAAGACACUUGUAGACAUCCCAUCGCAUUCAUAUUUUUGCACCAGGUUAUAAAUUAUUAUUGUCAUAUGCUACAAUGUAUAUGUAUUAUUACUGUCAUCAUGCCAUGGUGUCAAUUGUCAUAUUAUUAUCGGAAGACUUUAUUUUCACAUUUCAUUGUUAUGACCGGAAUUGUAAACUUAAAUCCAAUUGUUAAUUCAGACCUGAAAUAAGUGUGGUACUUAUAGUAGUCUCGUCCAACCCGGCUGGUACUGAAAUCUCGGCAUAUGACAUUCGGCAACCAUAAACAGUUAUCAGCGUAGACGGAAAUUCUCUCGUAGAAAACUGUGACUAAACUGAGACUUGGUCUUUUUAUCUCAUCUUCCACAACAACUUGUUCACACCAGAAUUCGGUGUUUUAAGUACUACAGUGCGAAGAAAAACAUACGUUCACUAACUUAAACACUCUUAUUUCCAUACUGGUUUCAUGUUUUCAUCAUUUCAUCUUGUUAUCAUGUUUAAUAGAAAUAAUUUCACAUUUGAAUAUAUUUGUGUUCCAUAUAUACUUUAUCGAUUUUGAUUUUUUUAAAUCUAGAUUCUUAUUGUACUUUUGUGUAUAUUGUUUGUCUUCAAGUGUAUCGCUGUAGCGUGUGUGGAAUAAAACUAUCUAUAAAUGAU